AUGUCUGAAAUCUCCGCAGAUUUUAUCUUGAACGGUGGUUUUGACUAUUUACCAGUGACGAUAAACCCCUUUGAUGCUAAAACAGACUACUUUUGGAGCAAGGAAGGACAACGCUUGGUAUCUAUCAACUUACACAACGGUGAGCUUAUGAUCCACAACAAUCAGUUGGAUGGUAGAAGCGACGGUCCCAUUAUAAUUCCCGUUAAGGACCCGAGAGCUAUGAUUUCUCUCGAAAGCACGAGCUAUAUGGAAUACAUCAACACAGCAAACCUUGACCCGUUCAUUCUCCCACAAUGGCUACAUCGGAUCCCGGUGAGUAUUAAACAGCCAACAACAACUGAUCAGCAACAUGAGUCAAAGGAUAUUCCCUCCCAAAAAAUUGUGCACGGAAAAGCAGUGACUACUGCUAUAAGUACUGAUGGAGCGUCAGCAAUUGAGCUGUGA